AUGACCUCGUUCCUCCAGUCGGCCGGUGGCUCCCCGCUGAAGGCCCGCAAGAUGGACGCGAACUCGAAGGUCCAGGCCAUGGUGCUGGAGGUAUUCUUCGACGUCAGUGUGCAGGCAAAGGGCCUGGCAUUUGAUGGCGGCAUCGUCGGAGUGCUCGCGGAUGCGGACGAGCUUGUCUGCAGGAAGGAGUCCAAGAACGCAGUUCGUUGGAUGUCCGGCUUGAUUUCCAAGAAUGCGGCCGACGUCCCCGAGUGGGCCACAGCAUUCAAUGCUGGGUUGCCGCAGAACGUCGUGGCCGAGUACAUGAGCCCGUCGCACCAGGACAACCCGACUGCUGUCGUCCAGGAAACGGCAGAGGGCGGCAUUGCGAAUGCCCCAGGUGCGUGGUGCUUCGGGAUGUACACGCAGACCUUCGAGGAGUUCCGCGCCGUGCUGCGCCAACUGAUCGGCGAGGCCAUGGGCGUAAAUGCCGUUGGCCGCCCAGGAGGGUUCUCGCACCAGGGCGGAGCGUCGAAGCUGCUGUUCCGGGAGAACACGAAUUCCACGAACCAUUCCAGGUGGACGUCGUGGCAUUCCGUGCAGAUUCGCCCAGUGGGACUGGUCGCCGACAAGUACGUCGAUGGGCUCCUCGAUCUGGUGCAGGAGUACCCGUUCCUCGUCCCGUCUGGAGCUCUAUGCGCUUGCGCGGUGGAGCGGUUCCGGUCCGUCUUCACGGCCUGCGCCCCGGCGACGGACUUGACCGGAGUGGCCGCGAAGGUGAAGGCGCGCGAGGACAAACUCAUCGCGGAGCACUUCGCCGCGGUCACGCUGUCCGUGGAUGCGGGGCAGCGCGGGGCGCAGGCAGAGAUGGCGAAAGAGACAACCGCCGCCGGCGUUUUCCAGAUGUCGAUGGCGGGCGGCGUCGCUGAAUCGCCGACGGCGGGGGUGGAGGCGGUUGGCGCUGGCGCGGCGCCGCCGUCAGCGGCCGCGGCGGCGGAAGUGGCGACGGCGGGCGGCGUUGCCGCGUCGAUGGCGAUGACGUUGGCGGCGGUUGGCGCGGGCGCGGAUGCCGUGCCACCGGCGCGUGCGCCCGCGGGCGCCCCGGCGGUCGGUGCCGCUUCAAUGGCCAGCGGCGGAGCCUUGGCGGUCCCGGCGCCGGCGCCCGCGGCCGCGCCGCUGGCCCACGCCGUCCCGGUGACGGUGGGCGCGUACCUCGAGGCGGCGACGGCGUUCGCAGCGGGGGAAGCGCGGAGCGCAGCGCAGUCUGCGGAGAGGGCGAAAUACCGUGCGUUCAAGGGCAUUCAGCUGGACAUCGCUGCCGCGGUCAAGCGUUUCGUGGAGAUGCCGGGGGUCGGCGCGGAGGCGCUCGCGGGCACCGUGUCUCGCUGGCCGGCGGCGGCUUUCCCGGCCGACAGGCUCGAGUGGGCGCAGCGCCUGACGAUCAUCGAGGGGGACAUGGCAGCCGCGGCGGCGGCGAGGGACAUGUCGCCGGAGGCGGCCGUUGCGAAGAUCGUGGCGAAGCUUGAUCGCUUCCUCGAAUCAUUGCAGGCAGAUGCGCAGGCGGCCAUGCUGGCGGACGACAUGGCGAAGCUCGACGGGCUGGAGCCCUUGCUCGACGGCCUGGAGGUUCUGCUUGUGCUCGUGCGCGACAGCCCCCCCACGGGCGACCUCCUGCGCGCCCUGGAGCCCAUGGAGAACGCGGAGACAGUGAGCGCCCUCAACCUCGAUGCCCUCGCCGCGGUUGCCGCGGCCGUGCCGCGCCAGGGCGGCGCCGGGAAGUGGCGCCGCUCCGAGCGCAGGCUG